UUUUUGUUUUUGCAGGCUUUAAGGAAGGCAAAGGGAAAGCAGGGCAAGACAACAUCUCAAGUACUGGAAUAUUGUCAUAAAUGCCUGGAAGGCCUGCAUUCAAACUGUCAACCCACUUUAAUGGAAAUGUACUGGCUUUCAGCAUCUUUGGAUCUGACCCUUGGCUUACAUAUUUUCUCCAAAGAAUCCAGGCCCUGCCCUUUUGAUUCACUGCAUCUGGACAAAGUUAUAUACCUAUCCUUUGACCCUCUUCCUACUCAUUCGACUAACAGGGAUGCCAAAGGAAAAAUAUGAUCCUCCAGAUCCUCGCAGAAUUUACACCAUCAUGUCAGCAGAGGAGGUAGCCAAUGGGAAGAAAUCUCACUGGGCAGAAUUAGAAAUCUCUGGUAGAGUGCGGUGCUUAAGUAUGUCACUUUGGUCCCUGACUCACUUGACUGCUCUACACCUCAAUGACAAUAAUCUUGCUCGCAUUCCACCUGAUAUUGCCAAGCUCCAUAAUCUGGUUUACCUGGAUCUAUCAUCCAACAAACUCCGAAGUUUACCAGCAGAACUAGGAAACAUGGUAUCUCUCAGGGAAUUGCUUUUAAAUAACAAUAUGCUACGGGUUUUGCCUUAUGAACUUGGACGGCUCUUCCAGCUACAAACCCUAGGUUUGAAAGGCAAUCCUUUAUCACAGGAUAUUCUCAGCCUGUACCAGGACCCAGAUGGAACACGAAAGCUGCUGAACUACAUGCUUGACAAUCUAGCAGUUCAUCCAGAGCAGCUGCCUCCAAGGCCGUGGAUUACUUUAAAAGAACGAGACCAAAUUCUGCCCUCAGCUUCAUUCACGGUCAUGUGUUACAAUGUGUUAUGUGAUAAAUACGCCACCCGGCAGCUAUAUGGCUACUGCCCGUCCUGGGCAUUAAAUUGGGAGUAUAGAAAAAAGGGAAUCAUGGAAGAAAUCGUGAACUGGGAUGCAGAUAUCAUUAGUCUUCAGGAAGUGGAAACAGAGCAAUACUUCACCCUCUUUCUGCUGGCAUUAAAAGAACGUGGGUAUGAUGGAUUUUUUUCUCCAAAGUCACGUGCCAAAAUCAUGUCCGAGCAGGAGAGAAAGCAUGUGGAUGGCUGUGCAAUAUUCUUCAAAACAGAAAAAUUUACAUUGGUGCAGAAGCACACUGUGGAGUUUAACCAGGUGGCAAUGGCUAACUCGGAAGGGUCAGAAGCUAUGUUAAACAGAGUGAUGACAAAAGACAACAUUGGAGUUGCUGUGGUAUUAGAGGUGCACAAAGAAUUAUUUGGAGCAGGUUUGAAGUCGCUUCAUGCUGUGGACAAACAGCUGCUUAUUGUGGCAAAUGCCCACAUGCAUUGGGACCCUGAAUACUCAGAUGUGAAACUCAUUCAGACUAUGAUGUUUGUGUCAGAACUGAAAAAUAUCCUUGAGAAAGCCUCCAUCAGGCCUGGCAGCCCAACAGCAGAUCCUAAUUCUAUCCCUCUGGUGCUGUGCGCAGAUCUUAACUCGCUGCCCGAUUCAGGUGUUGUGGAGUACUUGAGCAAUGGCAUAGUAGCUGACAACCACAAGGACUUCAAAGAGUUGCGUUAUAACGAGUGUCUCAUGAACUUCAGUGGCAGUGGAAAAAAUGGAGCUCCUGAAGGAAGAAUCACGCAUGGCUUCCAGCUCAAGAGCGCCUAUGAAAACAACGUGAUGCCUUACACCAAUUACACUUUUGAUUUCAAAGGUGUGAUUGACUACAUUUUCUAUUCCAACACUCAUAUGAACGUACUUGGCGUUCUGGGGCCUUUAGAUCCUCAGUGGCUGGUUGAGAACAACAUCACUGGGUGUCCACACCCUCACAUCCCUUCAGACCACUUUUCACUGUUAACACAGCUUGAGCUCCACCCUCCGCUCCCGCCUCUUGUCAACGGCGUACACUUACCUAACCGGAGGUAGUGGAGCCCUGCCCCUUUGAGGGCUGGGACCUGUUGUUAUGGACCUGUACAGUUGUAAAUCAAAGUAUGUAGGAGUGAAGUAUGGCCAACCUUAAGCUGCUUCUUCAAGCUCCUUUCAUUGUGCGUUUUGAUAUGAGAUUUUGCACAUUUUGGUGCAUGUUGGUAUCAUUUGGCACUAGGGCUGGAACCAAAGUAUUAGUUCCUUUCCAGGAUUUUAAUUUAAUUUUUUUAAACUGGUCAUCUUAUUGUUUCAUUAGGAAGCUGAGUUUGUAAAAUGGGCAAAUCAGAUUCAAAAUUUGCAUAGUCAUCUAUGUAAAAUUAAUGCUUUCUGCCAAAUCAUAGCACAACGAGCCCUCCUUUUAAAAAAAUAAAUAAAUAAAACCCCCAAAAAUA